AACCUGUUUGACGACUUUUAGUCCAUACAUGAUCCCAGAGGUCUGGUCGGAUUUGCUCCUCCAACGCCAUUCAAGUGAGUGUACUAUCACCCCCACGUCCAAGCACAAGUGUUCGAUUUUCCUCUCCUCAUCUCUUCACAAAAGCUGUUAAUGUUGGUUUGAAUGGAAGCCACCAAGAAAACCACCAAUCCGUCUGUUUCGGACAUCUUCAACACUAUGGAGUACGGACCUGCCCCGGAAUCCGAUGACGUGGCCCAAGCUUGGUUGGAUGACCACAAGAGAAAUUUUGGACAUUUCAUCAAUAAUGAAUGGUACCAUCCCGAAGGCCGAAAGAGCUAUGAGACCAUAACGCCAGCCACUGGCAAGGUUCUAUCGGCCACCAUUCAAGGCAAUGCUGAUGAUGUGGAUGUAGCCGUGAAAGCGGCCAGCAAAGCUCUGCCUGCUUGGCGUGAACUCUCGGGUCAUGAGCGGGCUCGUUAUAUUUAUGCCAUUGCUCGACAUGUUCAGAAGCAUUCCAGAUUGAUUGCCGUCAUUGAAGCGUUGGACAACGGCAAAACCAUUCGAGAGACCCGUGAUGCUGACGUGCCCGUUGUCAUCCGACAUUUGUACCAUUAUGCUGGAUGGGCAGAGCUGGUAGAUGACGAAAUGAGAAACUGGAAGUCCAUUGGCGUGGUUGGAGCCAUUGUUCCUUGGAACUUUCCUCUCAUGUUACUGAUGUGGAAAGUAGCUCCAGCCCUGGCCAUGGGAAACACCGUAGUUUUAAAGCCCGCUACUGUCACCCGGUUAUCAGCUCUUCUGUUUGCCGAGAUCUGUGCUGAAGCCGGGCUUCCCGCAGGCGUGUUCAAUGUGGUAACUGGCGGUGGAGCUAUGGGCCAAACUUUGGCUGAACAUCCCGAAGUUGACAAGGUGGGCUUUACUGGAUCCACUGAGAUUGGCAAGGUGUUGCGACAAGCCACUGCAGGCACUGGCAAGAAGAUCUCCUUGGAGUUGGGCGGGAAAAGUCCGGUAAUUGUUUAUGAGAACGCUGACCUUGAUUCGGCAGUAGAGUCGGUGGUUGAUGCCAUUUGGUUUAAUCAAGGUCAAGUUUGCUCGGCUGGCUCCAAACUCUUAGUUCAAGAGCCCGUGUUUGACAAAUUUAUCCAGAAGUUAAAGACCAGAUUAGGCCACUUUCGAAUUGGUCACACGUUGGACAAGGCCAUGGACAUGGGACCCGUCGUAAGUGAGUCUCAAUUGAAGAGCAUUAAGAAGUACGUGGACGAGGCCUUGGAGGAUGGUGCCGAGGUUUUUCAAGUGGAGGCUCCUGAAGGUUGCUAUUAUCCCCCAACUCUCAUAACCAACGUGAACACCGCCUCCAAAGUGGUCAUGGAGGAGAUCUUUGGGCCCGUGUUGGUGGCCAUGCCUUUCAGAACGGCUAAAGAAGCAAUUGCCGUCGCCAAUAACACCAUGUACGGCUUGGGAGCUUCGGUUCACUCCGAGCAAUUGCCGCUAGCUCUUGAGACGGCCAAGCAUAUCAAGGCUGGGGCAGUUUGGAUCAAUUGCCAUAACAUGUUUGAUGCUGCGGCAGGAUUUGGAGGCUACAAACAAAGCGGAUAUGGUCGGGAUGGCGGCAAAGAAGGACUUUUCGAGUACGUUAAGCCCAAGUGGCAGGACAAGAUCAAAAUUGCUCCAGUUGACGUCGACAUCAAGAAGUUUGCAGCCACUUAUAUGGCAGAUAGACCGGCCAUUAACGGGCAUGACAAUGGAAAAGAUUCGGGUACCCCUGCCGUAGACCACACCUACAAGUUGUACUAUGGUGGCGCCCAAAAACGCCCUGACGGCAAUUACGUGUCGGUGAUCCGAAAUGUGGAGGGCAAGGUUAUUGCUCAGGUUGGAGAAUCCAAUCGAAAGGACGUAAGGAACGCUGUUGAAGUGGCUGCCAAGGCUCAACCGGGAUGGGAGAAACGAUCCGGCUUCAAUCGAGCCCAAAUCUUGUUCUACGUGGCCGAGAAUCUGGACAUGCGGAAGCAGGAAUUCGCUACUCGAAUUGCUGACCUCACGGGUAAACCCAUGGCCGACGCCUUGAGUGAAGUAGACAAAUCCGUUCAGAGGUUGUUCUACUGGGCCUCUUACGCCGACAAGUACGGUGGUACGGUCCAAGAGACUCAGCUCUAUGGUACAGUCAUCAAAAUCCACGAACCCGUGGGUGUGCUAGCUAUUGCUUGUCCGGAUGAAUUCCCCUUACUGGGAUUUGUGUCGCUCUUUGCUCCCGCCAUUUGCCGGUCCAACUCGGUGGUCAUCAUUCCGAGUCAACGAUAUCCUAUCCUGGCUUUAGACAUGUAUCAGAUUUUCGACACCAGUGAUUUGCCCGGAGGAGUGGUGAACAUUCUUACUGGCAACCGUGACCAUGUCUCCAAGUAUUUGGUGGAGCAUCAAAAUGUGGAUGGAUUUUGGUACUUCGGGUCGGCUGAAGGUUCCAAGUACGUGGAAUAUGCCUCUGCUUGUAAUGUGAAACGAACCUGGGUCAAUUAUGGUCUCAAGAGGGAUUGGAUGAGCGAUGCACAAGGUCAAGGCGAGGAGUUCUUGUAUCAGUCCGUUCAACCCAAGAACAUUUGGCUUACAAUGGGGGAUAUUUUCGCUAAUUGAGCGUUGUUUCAUUUUGCAAAUGUACGGUACGUACACAGGAGAGGGAUAAUAAAGGUAGUUCAGUAAACUGUAAAUACCUGGAUUGUUGGGCACCUCGAAGAAAGGAGAGCAACUUGAUGAAUAAUCGCCUGCUGAUACAGUGAUAUCACAAAUCAAGGUGCAAAAAUGAAAAAUCAUUAGGUAUGCUUUCAAUCAGCAUUACUUGUUCAUAUUUUCCUUUUCCGGUUUCGAAAAUUCAAAAAUACAGCAUCAGAUUUCUUCAA